AGCAGGCCAGUCUUCAGGAAUGGGCAGUGCCAUGCAGCUAACACUUGUUGAGCAGACUGAGAUCUGAACUGAGCACGGAGCUGACGCUUCCAGAGCACAAUACGUCUUCAAGCCCCUCUGGAGAGUCAGUCACUACGGUGCACAAUUGGCGCAGCCAAGGAGACGGGAGAAAAACUUUCAGCCAAAUCUCCGACUCCGAGAGUGGGAGAAAAGGGCAGACGCACAAAAGCAUUCUUGGCUUUCAAGAAAAACAAUAACUACGGCAAAAUAAUUUUCAUCAAAACGGCCUACAAAAUCAAGAAGAUAGGCGUAACAGAACAGCGUCAGCAUCGAGAACCAACAACAGUUAUUCAACAUUUAGAAAUUUGAAUCUCUUAAAACGUGGAUUGAAUUCUGAAGGAACAGUGACUUAUAAUUAACGUCAAUAGGCUAUACGCAGAAAUAAUCAAGAUGAAAACGGAGAUGCGAAUCGUGUGGGCACUUGUUUCAUGUGGGCUCUUGAUUCAUUGCACUUCUGGUGCUACUGCUGGCACAUCCACUACUGGUAAAACUAUUACCACUAGUCAGCUUGCCACUGGCCCUACUGGUGGCCUUACCACUGGAAAUGCUUCAAAAUCUGAAUCCACUGUUUAUUCUACCAUUGGCCCUACUGGUAACUCUACUGGUAUCACUACUAGGCCUGUUACUGUUACUACUGGCACCCCUACCACUGUCCCUAAUGAUACUACUAUCCCUGGACAAUCUAAAAUCCCUAUGACUGUCCUUCCUGUUACCCCUACCCCUACUGGUGCCCCUACCACUGGCUAUACUGGUAACCCUACCACUGACCCUGGUAAACCUACCACUGGCUCUCCUGGUAAACCUACCACUGGUCUUACUGGUGAUGCUAUCAAUGGCUCUACUGUUAAGCCUACUGUUGGCCCAACUAGUCAUCCUGUUCAUAGCACUACAAGUGACUCUACUUCUAGUCCUGAUGGUGGUGCUGCAGGCAUGAGCAAGGAACAAUCCACAACUGAGCCUGGCAAUUCAGGAGCUACAACCUGGAACAAGACCACUCCUUCAAACGCUGUUUCGACUCCAGCUGUACUGGUCACCACAACAAACACAAUAACUGCCAAACCAGCAUAUAACUUUUUUAUGUCCAAAGGAGAAAAGGAUCAUGAGAAACCAAACCUGAUCCAGCUGUGUGAGUGGCUGAUGGUGAACAUGCUGGAAUCCACCUGCAACCUGACCGUCCGGGAGCAUGGCAGCAAAACAGAGUUUGACAGCAUAAUGUUAGUUGGCAAAGGGAAUCCAACAUUAGCUCGUCGCUACCAUGAGGAAUUGGUUAGGACGAACAUUGAGGUAACAAGCAAGAUAUCCGAGGACAAAACGACCCUCAUCGCCAUCCUAGCAUCCUGUGGAGCCCUGCUGGCCAUAAUAGUGGGCUUAGCUAUUUAUGCCUCCCGCCAACGCAAACCCUACUGUGAGAACCAGCAACACCUGACAGAGGAGCUGCAGACGGUGGAGAACGGUUACCACGACAACCCCACGCUAGAAGUGAUGGAGGUUCAGCCGGAGAUGCAGGAGAAGAAGAUGGCCCUGAACGGAGAGUUCAACGACAGCUGGAUCGUUCCCAUCGACAACCUUCUGAAAGAUGACGUUCCUGAUGAGGAGGACACACACCUGUGAGGUGGGAUGAGGCGGGGGUGGAGGGGGGUUCCAAACCCUUACCCAGUCCCUCCCUCUCCUCUGACUGACCACCAAAUACUUCAUCACACUAUGCUCCAUGGAGAAGAAAUUGGGCUCAAGGAUAUAGACAAACGUUUCAUACAGACAGGGGCGUAGCCAGAAAAAUCUUUUUGGGUAGGCCUAGAAAAAUAUGGAUAGGCAGCUUUUCAUUUUUUUUUUACUUAUUUACUUUGCAAUGUGCACCCGGUGCAUCAUUUUUCGGUUUUGGUUACCAUGGAAAUUCAACUACUAAUUCGUACAGAGCCAAUAACUGCUGUGUCCAGUUUUACCCAAGAUGUAUCUGAAGAACCGUGACAACCAUUUCCAGAGUGCCUGUUAUUUGAGGGACUUAACCAAGAGUCACACCAAGACAUUUUUUAUCUACUGUAUACCCGGAUGAAUACCAAGCACCUCAAAUGUUCUUUCUGGGGGUUUUAAGGUUUUUAACUCUACACUGAUCGAUAAUCAAUUAUUGAUUUGUACACUUGAGCAUCUGUACAUAAAGUAUUUUUGACGUUUGGAAAAAAAAAGACAUUGGAUAGAUCACAGAACUAAACUUAAGUACUUGUACUAGGAUUGAGCUGUAAAAUGUCUACAGCUCCGUAGUGACUUAGACAGAUGACCUCAGGAUAAUUAUCCUUGCAAAUGCGACCACUACAUUUUAGCUGUGGUGAGCCAGUACAGGCCUCCUCACAGAAGGCCAUGCUGGUACAACUGUAUCCUGAAGUAUGCUAGCAAACCAGCAGGUUCAUAGAGACAAAGCUUAUGAAAGCUAAAAGCUUCCAGAGAAAUGAAGGGAAAACACUGUAAAUGUUAUUUUGUGUUUGUUUUUUUGUGUUACAAGUUCACAAGAGGUGGCUUAGCAUUAUACUGUAGGCCACCCCACGGUAUAGGCCUGUGCACAUUCUAGAAUUGUAUUUUGUUUGUUCUGUUUUCAGUCAACUAUCAUCUAAAAUGUUCUGAAAUUUAUCUAAUCACAAUCACGUGCUAUUCACACUAUUCGUAAAUUAUAUUUGAUCACCUUAAUGAAGUGAACCAAACAAAUCAACAAUCCUUUUUUUGCCACUUCUGUUGUACAGUCUCACCUCUUAUAGGGUAUUUUUGUUCUUAGUGGUAUUGGACGUAUUUAUGGUUUGUUUUGCUGACGAAGCCAAACAACAGGGGUCUGACACACUGGAAGCUGAGCUUGGUAACGGUCACUAUGGUAUCCUGACCAGGAUAGCCAUAUCUUCUCAUACCAAUAAAGAUUGGCAAAACAAUA